AUGAUCGAUGCUCGACUCAUCUUGAAGCAGCAGACAGAGCACGUAGGUAUGAAGGCGUCUGGGGUCAGAGCAUCCCUAUCACGCCUCAUGCCAAACGUAGGAGGAGCUAAGCAGAGGAGAAGAGCGUUACUAUCGUCGGUGGUCACGUCGGUGCUUACGUAUGGCAUUGCCAUCUGGGAUGACGCGCUGCAUACGCCGAUAUCACGGAGGAAGGUGGCACCAGUCUACCGACUGAGCGCCCUCAUAGUUGCCAAAGCAUAUCGCACUGUGUCCGAGGAUGCAGUAUGUGUUAUCGCCGGGAUGCUGCCCAUUGAAGUGUUAGCCGAGGAACGAAGAUCCCUGUACCGGCGGAGAGGAUCGGAUACACUGCGUGCAGCAGAGCUCAGGGCAGAAGACGAAAUAGCUUGCACCGAUGAGAGCUCCAGUGGGACGCCUCGAGGAGCGGGAGAUGGACUCACCGUUUUAUCCCGCAGGUGCAUGCCUGGUUAA